AUGGCUCGCUUCGAGUUCCUCGCGCCCAUCACCACGCCGGAGGCCCUGCGCAGCGUGCAGGCCGACGCGCGCCCGCUCGUCACGCUGAUCCUAGCUAUCAUCGGCAUUUCCCUCGAGAUUGCCCUUUGCUGGUACAUUGCGUUUGCGACAAGGGACCCGAAUAAGAAGAGGGAGCCGAAGUGGCAGCAGUUCAAGGGAUGGUUUAAGAAAUAG